AUGGGAUCCUACAAAACGUCAUAUCAGGUCGCUUCUGGAACAGCAGGCAGUUCCAGCUCUACAAACAGCGACGCUUCGGACCGAUCGAAAAGCACGGUCCCUACGAUCUACAGUGACGGAUCCACAUCCAAGCGGAGAGAUACAACAGACCCCGACAGCAAGAACAAAAACCCCAAGAACUCGGGGUCAACGUACGCAUCGACUGUCCCAUCUGCCGAUGAGCUCCAAGAUGAACCGCGCUAUGAGGUGGUUGAGCGCACACCAGAGAUUUUCCCUUCAGACGCGAUUCCUUCCAAUCCAUCAACCUUUGGCGAAUUGUUCCCAUCGUCACGACGACUGCUUAUCCGACAUGACGAUGCAACCAUUGACGGUAACAUGAAUCUCCGUGUAGACACCGCGAUUCCACGGAGGGGUGGUUACCAACAAGACAUCAUCCUGUUUCACCUUCGCAUGUACGAUCUCUUUUCGAGAAAGUUUUCCUUCCGUCGCUAUUGUCGAGAGUCUGGUCGAGAAGUGUGUCAUUCCGAAAGAAGACCUCGAUCCUCAAGUCAUGAUAAACGUCCUGUUUUCCGAAGGUCGUGGAGUAGUGUGUUGGCAAGUUUGCGACCAGGGUCAAGUGGGAAUGGAGCGGCCCAAAACCAGGGCCAUAAACGACAUGAUUCGGGAUGCCAUCCAUGGAAGGACGACGAUCUGUGGGAUGAGGAGAGCCCAGACCUCAAAGAGAACUUGAAUCGACCCGUGGCAUUGGCAGAUACAAUGCUGCUAGAGUUUUCCAACUAUGCUCACGUUGAAGUCAAGAGACGAGGCGCCGGGAUAUCAAAACGAUAUGAGUAUGAAUACUGGUCCACCAAGUAUCAAUGGAGGCGAGAAUGCCGGAAGGAGGGUGACUUGCGCGAAGUGUCUUACCACUUGGUAAACUUGCAAGCGUCCAAGACCAUCGCCCAUAUCGUGCCGGCAAUCCUGACACCCUCGGAGGCUGUGGAGGAAGAGAGUAAGGGAGGGUGGAUUCCUCCCUCCUCGAUGUGGAUCAGUGACUCAUCUGUCUAUGAGACAAUGCCUGACAUUGCAGAUGCAAUUGUGGCCACGGGGCUGGUUGUCCUGGUAGAUGACUGUAUCCGCCGUCGUUGGCAUUCUAAGAGACAUGCCCAACUCACACGAUCUUCCUUCUCCAAAAGCAUAGAGAUGAUGGGACCUAAGCGCCUCAUCGAUGAGGUGUUCCAUCGACGAGGUUCAGCUUAA